GUUUUCUUAAUUACAAAACCACCAUUAGAAAUAACGAAAACCAGGUCAUAAAAAUGAGAAGUUAAAAAUUCUCUUGAAGCAGAAAAAAGAGAAGAAAGAAACUAAAAGGAUAAACAAAAAACCUUAUCUUUCAAACUCUCAAGAACUCACAAAGCAAAGCAGAAGGAGAACUCAAGGAAACAAAACUCUACAAAAAUGUUAGCGGUGAGCCACUCUCUUUCCCCCAUGAUUUCAUCUUCAACUCUAAAUUUUCCACCAAAAUCCACUGUUCUUACAAAAUCCUCAUUUCAUGGCCUUCGUCUUCCUUGUUUUAACCCAAUUUCAUCUCUCUAUUCCCGAGCACAAUUACCGUCAUCUAUGGUAGUAAUGGCGGCCAAAAGAGUUGAAGAAUUGAAGGAAAUUAGGACUAAAUCCGAUGAAGAACUCAAUGAAGAAAUUCUACAGCUUAAAGGUGAACUUUUUAUGCUUCGUCUUCAAAGAUCAGCUCGUGAGGACUUCAAACCUAGUGAAUUUGGUCGAAUGCGCAAAAGGAUUGCACGCAUGCUUACCGUAAAGAGGGAAAGAGAGAUAGAGCAAGGUAUUGGGAAGAGGCAGUCGAGGAAGCUUGACAAGCAGUGGAAGAAAAGUAUCGUUGUUAAGCCACCUCCGUCUGUACUUAAGAAAUUGCAAGAGAACACAGCCGAAGAGGCUGACAAAUCUUCGUGAGCUUCAUCUCCGUUCGUCAUAUAUUCAUAUAGAGAAUUAUUGAUUUGAAAUUCUGAAUUAACUGUGUUUUGUAUCAGACAAUUGAUUAGUAAAUUUUGGUUCUUCCCUAUUUCUCCACACCGACCUUUCUCCAUAUAAGUUCUUAUAGAGUAAUGGAGGGAGCACUAUGUUUCCAUUUUAGGCAUUUAUGGCCUAUGGGUUAUUAUUCCAUAAAUCUCUUUGACUUGCUUUAUCAUUA